CCUUCAAAAGCGACGCUCUCCACCUGCGUCCUCGUCAUCCUCCCCUAGACAGACAAACUCCAGCUCCUCCUCCUCCUCCGCGCUCGAGAUCCCGCCUCCGCCUCCGCCUCCCCCAGUCGCCGGCGAGCAACUCCGGUGAAGCGCGAGCUACGGAUUAAGAAGUGCACCAUGGCCAAGGUCAAGCCAAAGGCACUGCUGGCACAAAGCAAGCAGAAGAAGAGCCCCACUCAAAUUGGCGCAACUACAAUAAUCACCUACAUCGUCCUGGGAGCCCUUGUCGUCUCUUCCGUUUACUAUGCUCUCAAAUAUUGGCAGAACAGAGGACCAGCAGCAGCAGAAGGCAUUGUGGGCAACUAAGGCAGCUGUGUAAAAUGUUGUUGUAUCAUCUUGUUGGGUAAUUUUGGUUGUUACAGUUCAGUAAAUGAAACAUAGACAGAAGGCCUCAUGUUGAAGCUUUAGUUUUAUCUCCUGGUAAAUUGCAUUAAUAUUUAUUUGAUAUGUCGUUCUUCGACAUGGAUGACUCUGUUGGGCCGAUCUUGUUAAGAGUGACAUACAUGACAGUUGCAGCUGUGAAAGUUGCAUGUGAUGCCAUCAAAACGCUGAUUAAGAAGCUUUGGUAAAACGUUUUCCCAUCUAUGACAUGCCA